AUGAAACGAGGUUCAACAGUGCGAAAACAACCGAAGAGGACAACAAACAUGAUUACAAACGAAGCAACAGACACCCAGCAAGAGACAACUGUUGAGGAUGCUGUUGACAAUGCUGUUGUCAACGAUGAUCCAGUGUCAGAUGGGGGACAGACACUGGUUUCAGCUUCUGGGUUCAGCCCACUCUCUUCACCCUCAUCUAGUAGCUCAACAAGUUCCACAAGUUCAUCAAGCAGCUCUUCAUCGUCUUCAUCUUCCUCCUCUGAUGAGGAGGAGGUUGAGCCAGUCUCUGAAGAGAAGGCUGCUAAGAGACCGAAAGUCACCCUCCCGUCACUCCCUUCUGAAGACAAGACAGAUCAACCCAAGUCCCGAGGGCGAUUCAAGUUUGAACAUUGGGGCUGUUUUAGGAUCAGGUAUUUUGACCGAAAGGCAGGUGGAAGUGGAUUCCAGAUCAUUUGCACCAAUCCAGCUCACAAUCCUGAACACCAAGCUUUGUGCACAAAGUCCAGGAGUGAACGUUUCGAAGGAGGUGCAGACUCAUGCUUGAGGAUGUUGAAGAUGUGGGCUGUUGCUGGCCAAUCUGUUGCUUCAAAACAAGAGCACAAUGCUCUUUGGAAGGACAUGCUCAAAGCGUACGCCGAGAACAAGCUUUGGAGCGAUGUUGAGUUGGAAGCUGCCAAAAUCACUUCCUGGCCAGUUUCCGGUGGUAUGUCUGGUUCUUCUGCCUCUGCCUCCUCCACAGCCAAUGGCCCUAAGAGGAAGAGAGGUAGUUAG